UGGUACUGUGGGUCCAGCGGGGCUGGGGGGCCGGGCCGGACGGGGGAGGCGCGAGGCAGGCGGGACCGCGGCCGGUUCGCGCUCCCUCCGGGGCUGCGCGCUCCCUCGGCUGCGCUCGGCACCGGGGCGCGGGCAGCAGAUGGGAGCUCGGGGUGCCCAAGAUGCGGGCGCCGGCCAGGGAGCUCUUCCGGGACGCUGCCUUCCCGGCCUCGGACUCCUCGCUCUUCUCCAGCUUCUCCACGCCGCUGGCCCAGUUCCGGGAGGAAAUCACGUGGAGGCGGCCCCAGGAAAUCUGUGCCACGCCCCAGCUGUUUGCAGAUCGCGCUCAGGAAGGACAGGUGAAGCAAGGGCUGCUAGGGGACUGCUGGUUCCUGUGCGCCUGCGCCGCCCUGCAGAAGAGCCAGCACCUCCUGGACCAGGUCUUUCCUCCGGGACAGCCGAGCUGGCUCGACCAGACGUACCGCGGCUCCUUCACCUGUCGAGUUUGGCAGUUUGGACGCUGGGUGGAGGUGACCAUAGAUGACCGUCUGCCUUGUCUUGCAGGGAGACUCUGCUUCUCCCGGUGCCAGAGGGAGGAUGUGUUCUGGCUUCCCUUACUGGAGAAGGUCUACGCCAAGGUCUACGGGUCCUAUGAGCACCUGUGGGCGGGACAGGUGGCUGACGCCCUGGUGGACCUCACUGGUGGCCUGGCCGAAAGGUGGAACCUGAAGGACAUGGCAGGAACCAGCGGCCAGCAGGACAGGCCCAGGGGCGCGGAACGUAGGACUUGUCGGCAGCUGCUCAGCCUGAAGGACCGCUGUCUGCUGACCUGCUCGGUGCUCAGCCCCAGAACAGGUACCAGGGCGCUGGGGGAGUUUCAUGCUUUCAUUGUCUCGGACCUGCGAGAGCUCCGGGGUCGGGCUGGUCAGAGCAUCCUGCUGCUGCGGAUUCAGAACCCCUGGGGCCGGCGGUGUUGGCAGGGGCCCUGGAGAGAGGGGGGUGAAGGGUGGAACCGGGUGGAGUCCGAGGCCCAGUCUGAGCUGCUGUCGCAGCUCCAGGAGGGGGAGUUCUGGGUGGAGGAGGACGAGUUUCUGCGGGAGUUUGACGAGGUCACCAUCGGCUUCCCCAUCUCGGAGGCUGGCCACCUGCAGAGCCUCUGCUCAGGAAGGGCGCUGUGCCACACUCAGGAGCUGCCCGGGGCCUGGGUCAAGGGCCAGUCAGCGGGAGGCUGCCGGAACUACAGCGGCUUCCCCAGCAACCCCAAGUUCUGGCUGCGGGUCUGCGAACCCAGCGAGGUAUACAUGGCCGUCCUGCAGAGACCACAGCUGCGCACGGCGGGCCGCCCAGGCAGGGACUACCAGGCCGUGGGCCUGCACAUCUGGAAGGUGGAGAAGCGGCGGGUCAGCCUGCCCAAGGCCCUGUCCGCGCCCCCCGUGGCGGGCACCGCGUGCCAUGCGUACGACCGCGAGGUCCAUCUGCGCUGUGAGCUCGCCCCGGGCUACUACCUGGCCGUGCCCAGCACCUUCCUGAAGGACGUGCCAGGGCGGUUCCUGCUCCGGGUCUUCUCCAGCGGGAGAGUCUGCCUCAGCGCCAUCCAGCCGGCAGCCCAGAGCGCUGCCCCCCGGGAGGCCCUGCCUGUGGGCGAGUGGGAGACCGUGAGGCUGCGGGGCUCCUGGAGAGUCGGCCGGACGGCGGGGGGCAGCCGGAACUUUGCCUCCUACCCCACCAACCCCCGCUUCCCCCUCUCGGUGCCGGAGGGCGUGGGCCCCCGCUGCGUCCGCAUCACCCUGCGCCAGCACUGCCGUGACCACGAGGUCGCCAUCGGCUUCCACGUCUUCCAGGCAGGCGCCCCUGCUCCCGGGCGUCCGGGUGGGGUGAGCUGGGUCAGGGAGAGAGGCCCCCCGGGGUCUGUCCGCAUCAUCCAGUCACACGCAAGACUCAUUUCUAGGUUUCCUAAAGUCCAUAGCUCACUGGGGGUCACGGCUCAGCUCAGGAAGCCCCUCGUCCACUCGCCCGGGCUCAGAACCACUGGACACUUGUGUCCUGAGCUGCCCCCAGCAUUGCACCUGCAGCCGGGAGGCCCGACAGGGCGCAGAGGGUGCCGUUGUCCAGCAGGAGCCGCCCUGAAGCCGCAUGAAUCCUCCCCGCCCCAAACCCCGGUCCUGAGUCUGGAACCAGCGAGGGCCUGGGCUCUGGGGACCAGCAGGGAAGGGACGGAGGGGAGGCCCACACCCGCUGAGACGCGAUGGACGGUCGCGCCACCAAGUGAGGGUCUUCUGAUCAGAAAGAGAAGAUAGAGCUGGGGGUAGGAGCUGAGAGCGAGGCCGAGGUGCGGGGCCGAAUCCCAGGCAGUAGGAGGGUGGGGCGGCCUUCGGGAGCUCGGGGAAGUGUGCCGGUUGCCCCCGCGGAGGAGAGGCUGCCUCCCGGGCUCACGUGGGCCUGAAGCUCUACCCACGGGUGGCAGGAGACCGUGGAGGCCAGGCGAGGGCCAGGGAGUCACAAACGCCGCCCCGAGCGCCUUCCCUGGCCUCAGUCAGCUCUUCCUCUCCCUGCACGUGAACAGGAUGCACCUAGCGGACGUGUAGCUGGAGAAGGCGGGGAGGUGAAGUGCCAGAGGUCGGAGGUCGCAAACCCAGAUCCCAUGGUGAAGUGUGGCUCCCCUGCUCCUUCUGGGGACC